CUGUGGUCAUCCGCCACCAUGUCUGCUAUAAUACGACCAGCAAAUAAGCUCCCACCUGGAGCAAACCGUAUUCUGUUCGUUAAGAACCUCAACUACACCAUCACCGGCGAGGACCUGUACGACCUCUUCGGACGUUAUGGUACCAUUCGUCAGAUCCGGCUUGGGAACGAGCAGAAGACGAGAGGGACUGCUUUUGUCGUGUAUGACGACGUUAUGGAUGCUAAAAAUGCCCUGGAUCACCUGAACGGUUUCCAUCUUCAAGAGAGGUACAUCGUCGUCCUGUACCAUAUGCCCACAAGGCAAGAAGCAGCGGCACAGAAGGCAGAGCUGGAGAGGAGAGAGGCAGAAUUAGAGGCACUGAAGAAGAAACACGAUAUCCCCGACGUAUGAACACUGGCUGUUUUUGGGUUACGCGUAUUGGGUUGCGUCUGACGACGGGAUGUGUCGCCAGACGCUGCUGUAUUUCUACAAUGUAAUAAUGUGC